AUGGAGGGACUAUUCACACUGCUCGCUCUGAGCAUUGUGAUGGCAGUUACAUCUUUUGUCGUCGGCUCGUUACCUCUUGCCUUCAAACUCACUCCCUCUCAACUGCGCUUAAUUUCGUCCAUUGGCAUGGGCGUUUUGGUGGGGACAUCGUUGAUCGUGAUCAUCCCCGAGGGUAUCGAAACCCUCUACAGCGCGAACUCCCUCAGUCGCAAACAACUAAACAAUCGAGCUACAAACGUCAAUUGGCAGUACCAGGCACCGACAGUGGCUGCAAUUGACUCGAACGAGAAUACCGCCUCAAUCCUAUCCUCCGAUACCCCUGUCCCGCGUCCGCUUUUGGAGAGAGACCAACUCUACAAAUUGCAAACACUCUACGUUCGGAGCGACGACUCGUCGAGCGAGAAGUCAGGCAAGCAAACAACCCAUGAAGACGAAAAGAGUUCCCCGCAUGCGUGGAUCGGAGUCGCCCUCGUCAGCGGCUUCAUCCUGAUGUACCUUGUCGACAAGCUUCCCGAAUUCGCGGCACCUACUAAAAUCGACCGCAUCCCCUACCAUAUCUCCCUGGAUAAUCUUGGGUCCGGAUUGCGACGGGGCUCAUCGCCCUCACGCGAGGGAGGUCUACUGGAUACAAACCACUCGCGACGUGGACACAGCUUUGCGACCACGACCGGUCUGGUCAUUCACGCUGCGGCAGAUGGUAUCGCUCUUGGAGCUUCCAGUUCGGAUACCGGGCUGAGUUUCAUCAUUUUCUUGGCGAUUAUGGUGCACAAGGCACCAGCGUCUUUUGGACUUACGUCCAUUCUGCUCAAACAGGGGUUGUCGAGUCGCACCGCAAGGGCGCAUUUGCUGGUGUUCAGUCUUGCGGCUCCUCUGGGUGCCUUGGCCACUUUCCUCUUUGUACAGAUGAUGGGAUCUUCCAGCGCCGAUGAGGCAGGUACUCUGUGGCGGACUGGGAUGCUUCUCCUUUUCUCAGGUGGUACUUUUUUGUGA